AUGGCGAUUGCGGCGGCGGUCUCAGGAUGGUCGCUGUGGUACCUCAACCGAGAGGCUAAGGCCACUCUAAGCAACUACUUUAUGGUACGUCUCCAUGAAAGCAUAGCAGAGGAAGGCUUCCAUUACCUGGUCUUUGAUCUGGUAACAGGAGGAGAGCUGUUUGAAGACAUUGUAGCCAGAGAGUAUUACAGUGAGGCUGAUGCCAGCCACUGCAUCCAGCAGAUUUUGGAAAGUGUUCACCAUUGCCAUCAGCAUGGCAUCGUGCAUCGUGACCUCAAGCCUGAGAACCUGUUGCUAGCAAGCAAGAUGAAGGGAGCUGCUGUGAAGCUGGCGGAUUUUGGACUCGCCAUUGAGGUGCAGGGUGAUCAGCAGGCUUGGUUUGGUUUUGCUGGCACUCCAGGGUAUCUUUCCCCUGAGGUUCUCAGGAAGGAUCCUUAUGGAAAACCAGUGGACAUGUGGGCUUGCGGUGUGAUUCUUUAUAUCCUACUGGUGGGGUACCCACCUUUCUGGGAUGAGGAUCAGCACAAACUUUACCAGCAAAUCAAAGCUGGAGCAUAUGAUUUUCCAUCACCGGAGUGGGAUACCGUGACUGCAGAAGCAAAAAAUCUCAUUAACCAAAUGCUGACUAUCAACCCGGCCAAGCGUAUCACCGCUGCAGAGGCACUCAAACAUCCCUGGAUCUGCCAACGCUCCACCGUGGCAUCUUGCAUGCACAGGCAGGAGACUGUGGAGUGCUUGAGGAAGUUCAACGCCAGAAGAAAACUCAAGGGUGCUAUCCUCACGACAAUGCUGGCCACAAGAAACUUUUCAGCAGCCAAGAGUCUUCUGAACAAGAAAACUCAGGAUGGCGUUAAGGAGCCUCAGACCACUGUUAUCCACAAUCCGUCAAAUGGAGCCAAGGAAUCUUCCGAGAGCAGCAAUACUACAAUUGAGGAUGAAGACGUGAAAGCACGCAAGCAGGAGAUAAUCAAGGUGACGGAGCAGCUCAUCGACGCCAUCAACAAUGGCGACUUCGAGGCUUACUCGAAGAUUUGUGACCCCGGCUUGACCUCCUUCGAGCCCGAAGCUCUGGGUAACUUGGUGGAGGGGAUGGACUUCCACAAAUUCUACUUUGAAAACCUCCUGUCCAAGAACACGCGCCCGAUCCACACAACGAUCCUGAACCCGCACGUGCACCUGAUCGGCGAGGCGGGCUGCAUCGCCUACGUGCGCCUAACGCAGUACCUGGACGGCUCGGGCCUGCCGCGCACCCAGCAGUCGGAGGAAAGCGGCGUGUGGCACCGUCGCGACGGACGCUGGCGCAACGUGCACUUCCACCGCUCGGGAGCGCCGUCCGCCCUCCCCGUCAAAAUAAGGCCGAGCGGGUGUCUCGGCGAUGGUGUGCUCCCUUGUGAGGCAGCCUCGAGCGAGCGCCAACAGCGUCGCCCGCAGGUGGCGCAGCAACGCAUGUCGCGCCAUCCCCUCCGCCCGGCUGCCUGCUCC